AUGACAGACCAGAUCACAAGUAUGGAAGGCGCCAUUCGCGCGGCGGAACAGACUUUGGAAAAUCUGUUUAAUCCAACAUUGGAUCAAGAUAAGCGCAUCCCAAUUGAUCUUAUUCAUGAAGCAAAAGGUCUUGCAUUUCUUACGGUCAUUAAAGCUGGCUUUGUCUGGACUGGCAAGGUAGGCACAGGCGUGGUCAUCUCAAAACUUCCUGACGGCCGUUGGUCGGCUCCUAGUGCCAUUGGUACAGCUGGUAUGGGCUUUGGAGCCGAGAUGGGUGCGCAAUUAAUUGAGUUCAUGAUCAUAUUAAACUCGGACACGGCCGUUAAGAGCUUUAUGCAGAAAGGCCAGCUCUCAGCGGGUGCUAACCUUGAGUUUGCCGCCGGUCCGUACGGUCGCGCAGCUGGCGCGAACGCAAAUUUUAGCGCCUCGGGUGUUGCCCCAAACUACACAUAUAGUCACAGCAAGGGCCUCUUUGGUGGUGUAGGAUUGCAGGGUUCAGGUAUUGUGGCGCGAGCCGACAUCAAUAAACGCUUUUAUGGCCGGGAGAUUACUCCCACCGAGAUCCUUACAGGCGCUGUUGAUCAGCCUGCUGCGGCCUCACAACUCUACGAUGCUUUACAACGUUUGGUGAGCAUUCCAUCAUCAGGGCAUAUGCAGAACUUCAAGCAUAAGAUCUUGUCACCGUUUAUCGAUCGCAUGCCCGCUGCUGCCGUCGGUCCGGACGUUCAGGUCGUUUACGACCGCGUGCUGCGACUUAUUGAGGACAUUUCAGGUUCUGCCGGCGUGGACGACUUCAAAAAAUGCUGUAAGGACUAUGGCCAGAACCGUUGCACUGACGACCAGUUUGUCACGUACUUGGACAGCACCUUUACAGCCGAGCAGACGCUGCAACUUGUGCCGGAAAUUGUCAAGCUUUUGCAGGAUGCCAACAAGCGCAAAUAUAUUUGGGUGAAGGCAGAGCACGGAACACAGCUUCGAUCCACGGGUGCUGCUGGCUCGCCUUCUCUUUUUUAA